UAUCAUUAUUAUUAUUAUUUACCACUCGAUGUCGCUAAACAGGCCUAUUAUACAUUGUCAUCGAUGUAUCUCUCUGACAAGAGAUAGGAAUAAUAAGAGGAUACGAGUGAAAAAAGCAAAGGAAAAUCCAAACGUUAUCAUUUUCCAUAUCGUUUGGAAAGUACGAUAAUCGAUAUCGACAUUACGAAUCAUCAUCAAGUUCAAGUUAGAGCAGAGCACGAUGACGUGAAGGCCGACGAGAUUCGAAGAGAUCGACGUAGGAGGAAGAAGAGAGAAUAAACGAAGAUAACGACAAUGCGAUUAUGUGUAAUUUAUAUAAUUGCGCAUCUUUUUGUUACGACAAAUCGAACAUCGUAUUGUUAGUUUGUUCGUUGUUGAAGAAAACCGUAUUGGAUGUUAUUCGAAUGUAUACAAUUAUGUAUAUGCAAAAGAUUGUAUUUGUAUCGGUAAAGUUUUAAGAACGUGUCAUUUUGUGAAAAUAUUGACUGUUCAUCGAAAUCGUUGCAAUUUCGAUUUAAGAACUUAUAGAUAUAUGAUAGCCGAGUUUGUCGGUGCGAUAGAUGAUCAAACAUAUCAGCCGAUAAUAUAGAACGCAGCGCGCAGUUUUCUCUUCCCCGAUGCGCGAGAAUGAUCGUUAAAGCAUCUCGGUUUCGAUCUCGGCUAAUCGUAAGUCAGGAUGCGCUCGCGAUCGAUUGUGCGUCCGUCGUUGGGGGUUGCAUCUUUCGAGCUUCCUCUUCCUGAGAUCGUCGUCGUACGUCUAUAAAAUAACUCUUGGUUUUACACGCCGGAAGAACAGAAAUAGAAUUGAGAAAACAGGCUAACGAUCGAGAUAAUCCGACGUUGAUAGCGUCCGAAGAAAUGGGGUUAUCGAAGCGUGAGGAAGGUGUUAACCAGUGAAAAUGAGACUUGGACAGAGAAGAAGUCCGUUGUCCAAUUUGAGAAAGGAACGAUGAAGAAAAUCGAUCGAUCGUCGGUUGGUCGCGCUUACGACAGUUCUUUCUGAAGUUUCGGACAUAUAUUUCAUUAGAUUAUUUUAUUUCGUUCUUUCUUUCUUUCUUUCCUUGUUCUUUUUUUCCCCUUUUUUUUUUCUUUCUUCAUUAUCUUCCCUUGUGAAUCGUGCUACGUUAAUCGGAGCAUAGGAUAAAGGAGAUCAGCUCGCAUCGAUGGGGAUCUCGCGUCGUUGGAUCUUCAUUCUGACGACGAUCUUUUCUUUGAUGCGUCAUGCCGCACAAGGGAAGGUAACCUGUCGCGAGAUACAAUUCCCACGCGAUUGCGAAGUGCUCUGUAGCACAAAUCAAACUGGGGUCAUUUCGUGUGAACUACGAGUAGCCGUUAUAUUGCCUGCUGAUCCAAACUUCGAGAUAUCUUUGCCUAAAGUUUUACCUGUUCUCGAUUUGGCAGUUUACGAUGCCAGAGCUCGCAAUCUGCUGCCGUAUUGGCUGAAUCUCAAGUUUUUACCUCAGGACGACCACUGCGACGCGAUGUACGCACAAGUUUGUUCGAUCGAUAGUUACUUGAAUUGCGUGCAUCUCUUUCUUGGACCGGCUUGUGAUUAUUGCGUCGCCGUCGUCGGAAGAGCGGUCAAGUUUUUAGGCGCCCCGUUGAUUACCACAGGAGGAUUUACUUUCGAUUUUACACAGCAAAAGAAGGAAUGCAAGGACGAGUACUUUAUGACUACACGUGUUGGGAAUUUGGCUUUCAGGGAUAUAGCGCAGUUCUUAAUAGCUAUCAUAAAUUAUUACGAAUGGCGGAAGGUCCAUUUGUUUUAUGCGACGAAUGGACAAAUUCAAGUUGGCGGGAGACAUAGUUGUCAAUUAAUGAUGAAAUCUAUGGUCGAAUAUCUUAAAAAGGAGCCUAACUUUACAUUUGGUACUUAUGACAUUGAAACUGCCACGUCGGUGGAUUAUUCGGAAGCUCUGAAAACGCACGUUGGCACUUCUUACGGUGUUGUAGUCAUGUGCGCAAAUUCUACCACCAUACGAGAAAUAUUGCUUGCAGCCGAGGAACUCGGAAUGGUUGAUUCCGGAGAAUAUGUAUUUUUCUCUAUAGAACUUUCAUCUAGCGACAACAAUUCCAUAGAACCAUGGAGAUUGGAGGGCGACACGGAUGAGAGAAACGAAAAGGCGAGAAAAGCGUAUCAGGCACUUCUGACUGUAACCGCACGGACUCCUGACAAUUUUGAAUAUUUAAAUUUCUCACGUGAAGUUAAAUCGUUGGCACAAAGCAAAUACAAUUUUACAUUCGGCAAUAGUUCCGUUUCAACUUUCGUCACGGCCUUUUACGAUGCCGUUCUUCUUUAUGCUCUCGCGCUUAAAGAGAGCCUACCGGAAAAACCUACUGGUGAGGUUGAUCUUGAUGGUGGUAAUUUAACAAGAAGAAUGUGGGGAAAAAGUUUCAAAGGUAUAACCGGAGACGUGAAUAUCGACGAGAAUGGCGAUAGAAUUGCGGAUUAUUCUCUUCUGGAUAUGAAUCCGGAAACGUCCAAAUUCGAGAUCGUUGCCAAUUAUUACGGUGCUAACAAAACUCUGGAGUAUAUAAGUGGAAAAAAGAUUCAUUGGUCAGGCGGGAAAGAAAAACCACCCCUUGAUACGCCAACGUGCGGAUUCGAUAAAUCUCUAUGUCCGGAUAAUUCUCUUCCAGGAUACGCCAUUCUCUCGAUGGUUUUGAGUUCGAUCGUGGUCGUUUUGGUUGUGGGCUCGGUAUUUAUUUAUCGUCACUUCAAACUAGAAGCUGAAAUCGCUUCCAUGACGUGGAAAGUACACUGGGACGACAUCAUGUGGGUACCUUAUGCGAGGACUAGAGGCUCGAUGUAUUCGUUAAUUGCUAACAAGUUACGUAACAGCCAACUUAGUGUAUACUCCGAUGAUAAUAUUAGUCUACCGGAGGGUGUGGACAAGCACGUUUAUAUUCCAACAGGAUUUUACAAAAACUCAAAGGUGGCUGUAAAAUUAAUACCGAGGAACAAAGUGGAAAUAUCGAGACCUUUAUUGCUCGAGUUAAAACGGAUGAAAGAUCUACAACAUGAUCAUUUGGUACGUUUCUAUGGUGCUUGCGUCGAGCCACCCCAUUGUUGUCUACUGACGGAAUAUUGUCCUAAGGGAUCCCUUCAGGACAUACUUGAAAACGAACAGAUUAAACUCGAUCGUUUGUUUCGUGUUUCUUUGAUACACGAUAUAGUACGCGGCAUGGCCUAUUUACACGCCUCUGAAGUUAAAAGCCACGGGAAUUUAAAGUCGAGCAAUUGCGUUGUGGAUUCACGAUUCGGUUUGAAAAUCGCCGAUUUUGGUCUCCACGAAUUGAGGAGAUCCGGUCUCAUGGAAGAAGAAUUCGACAAAACCAGUUACGCUUAUUGGAGACGACAACUGUGGACGGCACCAGAAUUGUUGAGAAUGGAGAGGCGACCACCGGAAGGUACUCAAAAAGGUGACGUUUAUAGUUUCGGAAUAAUUGUGCACGAGAUCGUCAUUCGCAAAGGUCCUUUCUAUUUGGGAGAAAAUUAUGAUCCAACGCCUAAUGAAAUCGUCGAGGGUGUCAGGAAAGGGGGUAGUUCACCUUUAAGACCUGUGAUCGACGAGAGAGUGGAGGAAGAGGUAGCCACAUUAAUGAGACGAUGUUGGGCGCAGGAUUCAGCCGAUCGACCUGAUUUUCCCGCGCUAAAGCAAACCAUACGCAAGAUCAACAAAGAUUACGAGAGUAGCAAUAUCCUGGACAAUUUGUUGUCUCGUAUGGAACAAUAUGCGACGAAUUUAGAGACGUUGGUUGAGGAACGUACUGCGGAUUACUUUGAGGAGAAACGCAAAUGCGAAGAGCUACUAUACCAGUUACUGCCAAAAUCCGUCGCAUCUCAAUUGAUACUCAGUCAAAGCGUGAUUGCCGAAACUUACGAUCAAGUGACCAUUUACUUCAGCGACAUCGUCGGUUUUACCAGUUUAUCGGCCGAAAGUACGCCUCUUCAAGUAGUAGACUUGUUGAAUGAUCUCUACACAUGUUUCGACUCCAUCAUCGAAAAUUUCGACGUAUAUAAGGUCGAGACGAUAGGAGACGCUUACAUGGUUGUAUCCGGAUUGCCGAUGAGAAAUGGCAUGAAUCAUGCAAGGGAAAUAGCGAGGAUGAGUUUGGCACUGAGGGACACCGUCAUGACUUUCAGAAUUCGUCAUAGACCGGAGGAAAAAUUGAAACUUCGUAUAGGAAUGCAUUCCGGACCGUGCGUAGCGGGUGUGGUUGGUUUGAAAAUGCCGAGGUACUGUCUAUUCGGUGAUACGGUCAACACGGCAUCCAGGAUGGAAAGUAACGGUGAAGCUUGGAUGAUACACGUCAGUCCAAAGACGAAAGAGAUAUUGGACACCUUUGGAACAUUUGAUCUCGUUUGCAGAGGGGAGGUGACGUUAAAGGGUAAAGGUACGAUGACGACGUAUUGGUUGAUGGGUGAAAAGCCAAUCAACAAUAACAUUAAACAAACAAAGACAGCCCAAUCAACCGACCAACUACCACCAAUCUCUAAUGAAUCAGUGACGCAGCAGCAGCAGCAAAUACAACCGAUGAAGAAUCAAUCGAUUCAAACGAAAAUGGAAUCGAAGGACCAAACUCACUGUACUCAGUCGAAAAUUCAGCCUAAAGUAGAACCGCCUCAAGCUCAUCAAGUAUCAACUAAAGAUCUCUCGCAAAAGAAUCAACCUCAUCAGCAGCAACAACAACAAAAACCACAUCAGCAACAAAAACCACAGCAACAACAGAAAUCACAGCAGCAACAGCAGCAACAGCAACAGCAACAGCAACAACAGAAACCACAGCAGCAACAGAAACCACAGCAGCAACAGAAAUCACAGCAGCAACAGAAACCACAGCAGCAACAACAGCAACAACAACAGAAAUUACCGCAGCAGCAACAACAACAAAAAUCUCAACAACAGCCACAACAGAAACCACAGCAGCAACAACAAAAACCGCAGCAACAGCAGCAGCAACAACAACAAGAACAACAAAAACCACAGCAGCAGCAGCAACAACAACAACAACAACAACAACCAUUACAAGCAUCGUAUCAAAGUAAUCAAAAUCGAAUACAUUUUGGUAGCAGUAGUUGCAAUAUUACGGUCACCGGAAACGGAACACCGGCAAGUCGUGUGACAUCAAGUAGUGUCGUCUCGCCAGCUCACGUACGGUCGGUUCCAGUACAACCAAAUCGACAAGCUUAUACUUACUCGGCGGAAAGUAUGCCGAAUCACACUGAGAGUGGUCCAAACACGCCUCUACUUUUACCCGCAGACUCGGUGCCUCGAAUUUAGCUCUCUUCGUGCGUCUCUAAUACCGAGUUUGAAAGCUCGUUGACAAAAAUCGAGUAUGAUUCUACAUUGACGGAUAUCCUGCCAUCUGAUAAUAACCAAGGAAAAGACUAAUUCUUGAAUAAAAAGGAAAAGAAAGAAACUCCUGCUAUCGCGAAUCGGCCCAGAUAUCAAAAUAGUUAGUGCACGUUCUUGCGUUUCUAUAAGUUCAUAACAGAUGGCGAGAUAUCGCGUUUUGAACGAGUGGUGCCAUUAGCGAACAUUUAGAUCGACGGUAAGUCGAGUUAUAAUAUGUAUACAUAUGUAAUAAGACAAAGUGAUCUCUUUCUAGAUGGUAUUACAGAACUAAUAAUAAAAUCAGUGGUGAUACAUUUGACGAUAUAAA